AUGCCAACAUCUCUAGCCAACAGAGAGAUUGCGUUCGUUCAGGCGAUCCUAAGCGCCGGUAUUGUGUAUACAGUGACCCGGAAUUGUAGUUUAGGCCAAAUGGAUGGCUGUAAGUGUUUGGCCAAGAAAACCAAACGCGAGGACACGGCUAAGACUGGAUUUCUGUGGGGCGGUUGUAGUGAUAACACGGAUUUCGGGUCGAAAAUAGCCAUCACAUACCUGGAUAAUCGCGAAUUGGGUCAAUUUGACUCCAAUGCUAAGAUUAGGCUUCAUAAUUAUGAGGUCGGCCGACAAGCAGUCAAAGAAACGAUGAUCAAGAUAUGCAAAUGUCAUGGAGUGAGCGGUUCCUGUUCUCUGCAGACCUGUUGGAUGCGAAUCAACACAUUCGAAGAAGUGGGCGACUAUUUGAAGCGCGCCUAUAGGAAAGCCGUCAAAAUUGACCCAAUCUUAGAGAGGGUGAGAGAGAAGGAUAUGAUGAAGAAGUCGGCACAACAUAUACAGAAGAUGAGUCUCAUCUACGCGGAAGACUCGCCCGACUAUUGCAUCGCGAACGCGACGCUGGGCUCUAAUGGCACGUUAGGCCGGUAUUGCUCGCAGAGACGGACGAGAGGGGCGUCCAAAGAGGAGAAGCGGAGUUGUCGUAAACUGUGUACUCAAUGCGGACACAAAGUGCGACGAGAGAGACGUCGGGUCAUCACGAGUUGUAACUGUAAAUUCAAAUACUGUUGUGAAGUCGAGUGCCAGAGUUGUGCCAAAGAGCAGUACUCUUUUGUCUGCAGCCGUCAUCACUAG